AUGGACGACGCUCCAGAGACAAGACGAAGGAUCGGCAUCAUCAUCGCCCAGCCAUACAGGGAAGGUCGGAAGGCGGCCGCGUUCAGCUGCGUCUCGCCUCCCGACAGCCACGUGACCUUUCCUUCCUACGAUGACCCCCAUUUCGAACACCUGAGGAAGCUCCACGAGAAGGGCAUUCAGGCGAUCGUGGAGGUGGUGGAGGGCGUGUGCCAAACGGAGGUGAGAGUGCCAUGGAGUCGCUGGGUCGAGACCACGCCCCCCGAUGCCCCUGGCGCCGAUGCCCGCGCCCCUGAAAUCUCCCCUGAAGUCUUGAAGAGACUGGAGGACGCGGUGAAGGAAACCGCCACCGUCGACGUGCUGAGCGACGACUGGGGAAAUCUGGGGAGGAUGGACCGCUCUGCCACCGUCCUCAAGCCCUUCAUAAUCCCGGGGAAAGGUCUGACGCCGCCGAGGAAAGUCCCCCCUCCAGCGCUUCCUCCGGCACUACGAGACGCGCCUCAACGACCUCUAUCCUGACGAAGGGAGGGCCUUCUCCGAGUCCCUGAAGCUGCAUCGGGUGGCUUGAGGGGCGUGGGAGGCGUGGGGAGUGGGGGGAGGGCGUGUGAGGUUUAAGCAAACGCUUGUGUGGGGAAGGUGCGGAGGAAAGAGGUCUGAGAAACGUUUCCAUAAGGAGGAGUCUGGGGAACGUUCGGACGAAGAUGGUUUAAGGAACGGUGUAAAAAACAAACAAACCAAAAAAACGUUUAAAGAAGAAAUGAAGUGUGAGAAACGUUUAUAAUUGUGAAGGGAAGUGUAAGAGACGUUUAGAGGGGAAGAGAAAGUGCAAGAAACGUUUAACUUGGGAAAGGGGGACGACUGAACAUUUCAUUGUGGAAGCUACUUUAAAAGAAACUUUAGAUGGAAGAUGGAAGUUCAAGAUGCUUUUGGAUGAGGACGCUGUGCAGAUGUAUCCUCCAUGUCCCUCCUCAGUCUCCCUCUCCCGUGACUUGAGGAGAGGGUGGAGGACGACCGUGGAACCCUAUGUUUCAUGUAUCAUGUAUAAUAUCAUGUAUCCUCACGGUUUUGAAAUCUGUUCAGAGUUAGUACGUUGGUGAAGGAGGUUUAAGAGACGUCAGAAUGAUGUAGAAUCAUGAUAAUCAUCAGCUUUAGUGAGAAAAGUUUGAUAUUGAUGUAUUUAUGUAUGAGAAUUGCUAUGUAACUAUUUUAAGCAAUAAAGGGAUGUUAUUGUUUA